AUGUCGUCAGGUAAUGGUAUACGUAGAGGAAACACUCCUAGAGGUAUUAGUAGAGGCCGCGGUAGACCACAACGGGUAGGCAGAGCAACAUCCUCUUCCCCGCAGCUAAUUUCAUCACAACCUUCUCCACCAACCUCCAGGCUUCGUACCCCAACACCAGAUCCUAUCACUGAGUCCACGGAGGAUGCACGUCAGGUGGUUAGCCCAUCUCCUCUCCCUUCGUAUGGCGCAGAGUCCAGCGCAGCAAUAGCAGGGAGUCAUCCAGUUUGGGGAAGCACAGAUCCUACUGAUAAGAAAAUUUGGAUAUGUCCCCUCCGGACAACGUUUGAGCCUUCGUGUGUGAACCGUGAGAUAAUGCCAAUCAUUAAGGGUAACUUUGACCAAUCUUGUGAAUCAUAUGGGAAUUGUUCUGUCGAUAUGCGUGAUCUGUGGUAUGAAAAAUUUCUGCAAAAGUACAAAUGUCUUCCACAUGAUGAGAAUAUGAUGAAGAAGACUUUUGAUUCCAAAGCAUCAACUUUGUUGUCACAUCACUUGCAUAGGAUUCGAAAUGGGCAGGAGAAAGACACAUGGAUUAAGGAUGAUGCUUUUGCUAACAUAAAAGAAAUAUGGUCUUCAGAUGAAUGGCAAAAAAAGUCUCAAAAAAACAAGCAAAAUAGAGCUUGUUUUGAAGGAGCUUCCCAUGUUGGAGGCUCCAUUCCAUUUAGCGAGCACAAAAAAAGAUUGAUGGAAGACCCUGCAAUAGAUCCAAAUUCAGUAGAUUGGUUGCUAUAUGAGAUGAUGCAUAUAGUUAAAAAGGAUGGUUCGUGGACUUCCCAGAGAUCAAAGGAAGUUGCUGAUAAAUUCUUUGAGCGGAGGAAUGAACAUGAUAUGGUGAUUGGAAAUGAUGCAUCUACUGGCCAAUCUGAUAAUGAAUUAUUCCUGCAGACGGUUGGGGGUAUGAGCAAAAAGGGCCGCAUUUUUGGUUUAGAUUCAGAGGCGAGUAAAUACAAGGCUUCACAGAAGUCUGCUAGUUCGUGUCAAGGAGUCUCUGCAAAUGAGUAUAAUCGUAUGAGAGAUCUAGUGACAACCAUUUCCACCUAA